AUGCACAAGCUCCUUCAACAGAGCCGUGCCCAGCCCUCACCCCAAUCCCAACUAACACACUCCCCAACCCAUUCCCGACCCCGGGAGCAAGUAUGCCACGAGAGAGGAUGCAGCUCUGGGCCUCGUUACCAAAAUGCUCAAGGCAACCACGAAGGACUUGAAGCUAUAUCAGCCAUCGGGUCUGGAUACUCGGAUGGUCAUCAAUACCAAGGAUCUCUACCAGCAUCUAUACCGACCCUCUCGCCUACUGACGUUUCAGCUCAACCUCUGUACACAGCGAAUCAAAUUAUCAGGCCGCCCAAAAGAAAACGAUCAGGAUUUGAGGUUCGGGACGAACCCAUUGCCGACUUUAUCGACAAAGGGCUCAUCACUUUCGAAUGCGCCGUGUCAUACUUCAACACAUUCUUUGAAGGAUGCGACAGGUAUAUUCCGAUUUUUGACCCAGAAUAUGACACUUUCGACUCGAUUCGAUCCCGGAGCAGCAUUCUUCUGAACGCAAUAUGCACUAUUGGCUGCAUGGUCGAGACAAGGUCUGGCGGCCCGAUGUCCGACAUACUUCAUACAGAACUCAAGAGAUGGAUCAACGUCAUCAUCCAAAACAAGGCACUCAGUUCCCUUGAGGCAGUUCAGGCAAUGCUGAUAGUUGCUUGCUAUUCAAAGGAACGUUCUCUGAUCUUAUCCUUUGCUACCCGCAUGGCUUUAGAUCUGGAGUUACACGAGGCCUUCGAUGAGUUGACCCAAAGAUUGGCGCUUCGGAACGAAGAUAUCGCUUAUGCUUUACCGCAUCAGAUGUUUGAGGAAGAAAGAAGUCUUAUGUGGAAAUCUCGGACAUGGUUUGGUCUUUUGGUUCUAGAGCAUAUAUUUCGCGUUGAUGGGGGAAAACCACCCGGCAUUCGAUUGAAAGGAAACCCUCGACGCUGUCGGGUCUUAUUGAGCCACCCUUCUUCAACAAUUCUGGAUUUGCGGUUGUUCUCCCAGGUAGAGUUGAACAUUCUGAGAGUGAUUGGCUACGGAUUAUCGCGUUGCGAUGCCGCCGCCGAAGAGAAGCCAUCUUUGCUAGUUGCUCUUCGAGUGCAAAAGUGCUGGGCAGAGAUGAUGCUCAAUUGCAAAGCAUUGCGGUCAAUGGGGGUUGAGAACGUAGCCACUAUGUCGACUACUGAGCGAACUAUACUCCUCACAGCAAAAGCCAGUGCACGUCGACAUCUUCGUCUCAUCAUAAUAGACCCGGACUUCUAUCUUUCCAAGCUGAAAUAUGCCAUGGAUUUCGUCUGGGCCAAGUGCGCGUUCUCAUUCCUUUUACUUCUGAAACUAUCCCGCCUUCUGCCCGAGCGUGAUGAGGAGCACCAAGAACUCUUGGAACAUGGCAACCGACUCGUCGACGAGUUGAGUAAGGCUGGAUCUAAUGGGACACAGUCAGGAGCUGGGAAUAUCUACCUUCAGAUAUUAAAGGUGAGUAUCGAGAAAUACGGGCGUGCAUUGAUGGAGGCACAACGACCCAGUUCGGAUGGCGCCCCUGCCACGUCGCCGUUUUGGGAAUUGUUCGAUGCUCAGGCGGACCUUCAAUGGUUUGUGCCCGAGCAAUUUGUCUCUGAGUGGGACUUUCCGGGGCUCAAUUUGUUUUAUUUCCCUACUGCUUGGCAGAAUUUCUUUGGGGAUUUUUCGUUGGCUAUGUAG